AUGUCUUGCAGUCUACCAGUUAUUUUCUUAUUCUUACUUUGUGUUCUACCUUCCCGUUCCUUUUACCUCGGUAGGUCAGAUGGAGCUCAUUUGAAUAUCAUCGAAUACAUUUGUCCUGAUCCAAAUCUAAAGCAAAUAGCUGUUGAUGGUGUGACUAUGUAUUCCACAACAGAAGAAAUUAAUAAUUAUAUUGCCCAGAAAGUAGAUGGGUACAAUAACCAAAUGUGGUCAGUGACUGUCGUGAACUUCAGUCGUGUGACAGGAGACUUGCUACCUGGUGGUACAACCAGUCAAAACCUUUGUUUCAUAUCAGUUGAUAAGGAAAAUAUUGUUGUCAUAAUGGCUGCUAUUGCUCAGCAAUUGAAAUAG